CCCACCGCCUCAUUUUACCUCGGAAUGCCGCGGGCAACGACUCAUUUAGGCUGCACCUGCGAUGAGGAGGACAGUGAUCUGUUUGCCGUCGAGGACGCGUGUGUCCUGUUGUCCGGCGCAAACGGUGACCGAAGUGCGUCCUUCGGAGAUCUUAUCUUAUCGGUGCCCAUUCAGGUAAUUCUGCCGUAACCCGUUACAGGAUUCGGUUAAGUACCACAGCAUGUGUGCAGGCAGAACGCGCUUGGCACUUGUUCACCAUCGGCGCGGGAUUAUUUGUGUACCACGUCUGGGACUGUGCAUGCAUGAAGGACGUGCGGGCGAUAUGUUAUUUGACUCUGCAAAACAUAUACCGGCACAAUGCGGCCUCGGUUUCCGCGGUUAUCUAUAGGUUGUCCUCGGCGGGUUGACAGUUCGGCGCACAGGAGGAAUACCGCACCCAGGGUCCUCUCCUUGGAUAAAAGUCACCCUCUGUUCCAGGUGGAGAUGUCUACCGCAGGUCGCUUUUCAAUAGCUUUCAUCAUGGCUUCUGGAGAUGGUCCACCCCUGAUACGUCAAUUGGUCGAUCCCACAGAAGAAGAGAUCGACCAAAUAAUUGAUGCCCUCACCCGAGCGUUUGAAGACAAUGUAGGCAUGCAAUCUAUGUGUGGCGGCGACAAGGCUUUGGAGAGCCUGGUGUACCGCCUUACAUUGCAACAAGCCAUCCAGCAUGGCGAUUGUUAUGUUGCUCGGAAUGGAGAUACGAUUUGUGGCGUUGCCGCUUGGCUCGCUCCAGGCUUUGAUUGGACCAUCCAGAGGGACAAUCAGUUUGCCUCAAAAUUAAGCAGUGAUUUGGAGGAAUGGUACAGAGAUCACUUCACUCCAAAGUACGACGAGCUGUAUAGGAGUGGCUUCCCUGGCGAUCCACAUAUGCGACAGCAGUCGUGGUCAUUGAAGCUACUUGCAGUCUCUCCACAUUGUCGUCGCAAAGGAGUCGGCAAGGCUUUACUUGAUGUGAUCAGCAAGAAAGCUGACACACGCCGAGAGUCCAUAGUGGUAGACGUUAUGGAUCCAUAUCUCGUUAAUUUUUUCCAAGCUUGUGGUUUCAAGUAUCGUGCCGUCAAGAACGUCUCAAGCACUUCAUUCCCCGGGUUCCCAAUAUGGUGCAUGGUGCGGAAGUCGGCUGGGAGCUGAGACACGCCAACAGCAUACACACCACAGCGGGUUUCCCGCUCAAAUUCUGUUGGCCGGCGUUAGGCUGCCAAUCCGCCCACCAUCAUGCCUACAAACUCACGGUCGUUCCGAUGUGUGGUUUAACCAUCGUCGGUACGCCUCGUGAGAGCAGUUAUUCGGGUUUCGCUUUUUACCCGCAUCUACUUCCUCGGCAAGUACAACUUUCACCUGCAGGUUUGCCGCGUUUGUCUUUCUGUUGUGGCGUCUGCGUCCAUCGUUAGGUAUUACAGUUAUCCCCUAGUGCUUCACCCCGACGUGGCGUCGUGGCGUCGGGAAAAGUUUUUCUUACUCUUGUUUGGCGCCAAACGCUCAAGGCGCAAAAAGCAAAUGCUUGUUACAUUUCAGUUUUCUUUGCAAUAGAGAACCCAGGGAGUGGGUCUGAGCUCUUUUUCACCGUUCGAUUGAUACCCUAGGAACUUGAUAUAUAUACGUCUCGAAGAAAUUGAGAAUCGAGGGACAGUUAGUCGUAUUUUGAAUCCUGUACCAAUCGCCCUUCGCACUAAAGUAGUCUCGGAAAUGCGUCAUGUAUCGUGUUCAAGUGGCAUUAUCACUCCUGCUUGAGACCGGUCCCGAACGGGAUGUUCUACUCUGGUGACUAUAAUGCAGGAUUUAGCUUGACAAUAUGUAAACACCAGCUGAGUUGUGUCAGAUUCCGUGUCCAGUUUCAAC